AUGAUUAGAAAGCAAGCUCGCCAAAGGCGCGACUACCUUUACCGAAAAGCCCUCCUGCUCAAGGAGGCCGAAGUUGCAGAGAAGCGCGCCAAGCUAAGGUCUGCUUUGGCCUCUGGCAAGCCGCUCGACCCCGAGAUUGCGAAGGACAAGGAACUGCGGAAGGACUUCGACUACGAUGUUUCAAGGGAUGUGAACGGCGACGCUAUCGAUAUUGACGACGAAUACUCGGAGUUGUCAGGUGUCAUUGACCCCAGGAUCUUGGUUACCACAAGUCGCGAUCCCUCCAGCAGACUCGGCCAGUUCAGCAAGGAAAUCCGCCUCCUACUACCUACCAGUGUUCGCCUCAACCGUGGUAAUCUCGUUUUGGAAGACCUUGUUGGUGCCGCGAAGGCGCAAAACUUGACGGAUGUUGUUUUGCUACACGAGCAUCGUGGUGUCCCUACGGCCAUGACCAUCUCCCACUUUCCCCAUGGUCCUACGCUCAUGGUCUCCCUCCACAACGUCGUUCUCCGCGCCGAUAUCCCCAAGUCGAUAAAGGGCACAGUCAGCGAAAGCUACCCUAGGUUAAUCUUCGAGGGCUUCAACACCAAGCUUGGCGAGCGUGUGGUCAAGAUCCUCAAGCACCUCUUCCCGCCCCGCGAGGCGACACAGAAACCCAACGUCGGCAACAGAGUCAUCACAUUUGUCAACAACGACGAUACCAUUGAGGUCAGACACCACGUCUAUGUCCGUACCUCGUAUGACUCGGUGGAGCUCAGUGAGGUCGGACCCCGGUUCACGAUGAAGCCCUUCAAGAUCACCAUGGGCACCCUCGACAACAAGGAUGCGGAUACCGAGUGGCACCUUAGCCAGUACACCAGGACCAGCAGGAAGAAGAACUACUUUUAA